AUGGCUACCCCUAGUGUCCGCGCUUUUGAUGCUAAGGGUCGGGCCAUUGACUUUGACGUUUGGAUAGAUGACCUGCAGCAUUUCUUACUGUGCGAUAGGGCGAACCGUCUCUCUCUCUUUGACCUCACCUCUGGUGCCUCUCCUGCCCCUGCUGCUGAUGCAGAGGCCACUGUCCGCUCACAGUGGGCCACGCGCGAUGCUGCUGCACGUCUUGCUGUGCGUCGCCACCUGCCUACCUCUGAGCGUGCGCACUUUAGCCAGUACAAGAGUGCUCAGACCUUGUACGACGCUGUAGUUGCACGCUACUCCUCCCCUGCCACUGCUGCACUGAGCCGCCUCAUGCUACCGUACCUCUUCCCUGACCUUGCUGCCUUUCCCACAGUCGCUGACCUCAUUACGCACCUCCGCACUUGUGACACUCGGUACCGCGCUGCGCUUCCUGCUGAGUUCCGCGCCAAGAACCCCCCCCCCAUGUACAUCACUCUCUACUACAUAGUCACCCGCCUCCUUGACUCCCUUCGCAUAGUCAGGGACCACUUUCUCUCAAUCUGUCCCACCACUCUCACUGUUGACCUCCUCGAGAAGGCCCUCCUAGCAGCGGAGAAGAGCAUAGUCGCUGUAGGAGCCUCUCGUGGUGACCCGCGCACCCCCAUCUUUGAGGGGUGUUCCCCCUCCCCCCUUUUGCCCUCUGUAGCCUCUGCUGCUGCGGCCGACCUCGUUGGGCUUGAGUCGGUCAGUGCGGCGUCUACCCCUAGUGGGAGACGCCGCUCUGGCAAGGGCAAGGGAGGCAAGGGCGCUGGAGGAGCUAGCGGGGGCGGUGGAGGCGGCGGUGGAGGCGGCGGAGGGAGUGGGGGUGGCGGUGGGGGUGGUGGCGGGAGUGGAGGUGUCGGUGGCGGUAGUGGAGGCGGAGGCAGCGGCGGUGGCGGUGGGAGCGGAGGUGGCGGGGGCGACGGCGGUGGAGAAGGCGGUGGCGGAGGAGGUGGAGUUGGUCGGGGUGGCGCUGCAAAGAGGGUCGGCUCCGGUGGUGGUCAGCGCCAGCAGCAGCUGCAGCGCACUCGUGACAUCCCCCCCCCUCAGCAGCUCCGUGAGUGGUACGCUGCACGCCAGCGGGGUGGGGGUACUGGUCCGUGCACCUACGUCCUACGCACCGGCGACCGCGCGGGUGAGCAGUGUGGGGGUGCGCACCCCACCCAGCGCUACUUUGGCCGCCUGGCGGGAGUGGCUAUCUUUGAUCUUGACUUUGAUGCUAUUCUUGCUGCCAUGUAUGCUAUGACUAUUAGUGAUGAGGGUGACUGUUACCGGUGUUUCCCGCCCAACUCGGGAAUUGAGACUGCUGCUCUAGGUACUGGUGAGGCUGCUGCUCUAGGUGCUAGCGAGGCUGCUGCUCUAGGUGCUAGUGCGUCGGUUUCCUCAGGUGCUGGUGAGUCAGCGCUCUCAGCGGCUCCCUCUGGCACCCUGUCUGGUCUUUACCUCCCCUCGUUCUCUCUGAACUUGGUAGCUGCAUCGAGUCAGGUGUUUGCUGCAGCGUCUAGGUCUGGUCCUGAGUCUGCCCCUUGCUCGUGUCGCCUCCUUUCUCACGAGACUCUCCUUUGGCACCACCGCCUUUGUCACCUCUCCCUGCUUCGUGUCCGAGGCAUGGCCUCCCGUGUCCUUGUCUCUGGUCUUCCCCGGUCCCUCCCUCCUCUUCCUCCGGGGCCUGGCCCUACCUGUGUCCCCCGUGUCGAGGGGCGUAAGCGGGCUGCCCCUCACACCUCCCAGUUUCCUCCGACAGAGGCCCCGCUGCAGACGCUUCACAUGGACGUGUGGGGCCCGGCCCGCGUCCGUCCACAGGGUCACGAGCGCUACUUCCUGUUGGUGGUUGACGACUACUCGCGUUACACCACAGUCUUCCCCUUGCGCAGCAAGGGUGAUGUCACUGAGACCUUCACGCUUCCGGACUCUCCACAGCAAAAUGAGAUUGCUGAGCGUCGCAUUGGCAUGGUCAUGGACGUCGCCCGUACGUCCAUGAUGCAUGCGGCUGCCCCCCAUUUUCUGUGGCCGUUUGCGGUUCGGUACGCGGCGCAUCAGAUCAACCUUCACCCUAGGGUCUCCACGCCAGAGACCUCCCCAGCCUUGCUGUGGACGGGAAAGGUUGGCGAUGCGUUUGCGUUCCGUGUAUGGGGAUCUCGGGCGUUUGUCCGCGACUUGUCUGCGGACAAGCUGUCCCCUCGUGCUGCUCCUUGCGUCUUUCUGGGUUUUCCCCCUGACGCACCAGGGUGGCAGUUCUACCACCCCACCUCUCGCCGUGUUCUGUCCUUCAAGGACGUCACGUUUGACGAGUCGGUCCCCUACUACCGCCUCUUCCCCUACCGCACUCCGUCCCUCCCCCCGCCGCUGCUCUUCCUUGUACCAGGUCCCCCUCCGGUAGACCCCCUCCCCCCUCAGGGUCCGUCCCCUUCAUGUGUGUCCCAGGUACACGCAAUCGAGCCUGUCGAGGUCACUGGUGACUCUGGUGCUGCUGAGGGUGCUGAGCCUGGGGGUGCUGACUCUGGGGGUACUGAGCGUGUGGGUGCUGAGCCUGGGGGUGCUGGGCCAGGGGGUGCUGAGCCUGGGGGUGCUGAGCCUGGGGGUGCUACGCCUGGGGGUACUGAGCCUGGGGGUGCUACGCCUGGAGUUUCUGUGCCUGCGGGUGCGGAGCCUCAGGGAGCUGGGCCUGCUAGUGUGGCGUCUCGCGGUACUGUGCCUGGCGGUUUGCUGGGUGCUUCGCGUACUGCUGGAGCUGGAGGUUCUUCGGCUGCUGAGGGUGCUGGUGCAGCGGGUCCCGGAGGUGCUCGUGCUGGAGGUACAAGAGCUGCUGGGCCGGCGGGUGCGUAUGGAGCUGGAGCUGCUGAGGGUGUUGGCGCUGAGGCUACUGCUAUCGGUCCGGGCGGCGAUGCUACUGGAGUUACUGGAGCAGGAGGUGCUACUGGCACUGGUGCUGCCGCUGGGGUUGGUGGUGCUGUGCCUGCUGUGUCGGGAGUCGCCGCGCGGCCUCGGCCGUACUUUUUACAGUUACAGCCGGCCUCCCCACUACCUGCUCCUUCUUCCUACACUGGUCCUACUGGAGGUCUUGCUGAGCGUCGUGAGCCUGCGUCUCGCCCUGCGUCGCCUGUCCGUGCUGCUCGCUCUACUAAUCAUGGUUCGCGUCAGCGUCCUCCUCCUGUCCCUAGCACGCACCGGAUGUCUCUGCGUCUGUCCAUUGCUCCUCUGCGUGACCCUUUACCUUCUCCUGCUGAGUCCUCUCUUCCUGCUCUUGCCGACUCGGAGUCGGACUCUCUUCGUGCUGCCAGUCCUACUGCCACGCGUCUCCUUGCUACUGUCGUCACUGACCCUUCCUUUGAGUCCACUGCCCUAGUUGCUGAGCUAGUUGACUUUGCUGCUUGCUGUCGUCUAGACUACGCUGCUAGCCUUGUCGCUGAGUCUGAGUCAGUCUGUCCUCCGUCCGUCGGGGGUGAGUGUGCUCUUGGCACGGACGUCCUUGAGGACAGGCAGGAGGAGUUCCAGUGUCUGGCUGCUGCUUCACCUCAUCUCGUGUUCGUACUGCUUACCCCUGAGGGAGACCCGGAUGCACUUCACAUCCCGACUCCACGCUCUUACGCUGAGGCGAUAGAGGGUCCCUACUCCACUCAUUGGGAGGCAGCUAUGGACGCAGAGAUGGCUUCCUGGAAGUCCACAGGCACCUACGUUGACGAGGUUCCCCCACCUGGGACGAACAUCGUCAGUGGCAUGUGGAUUUUCAGGGUUAAGCGGCCGCCGGGUUCCCCGCCUGUCUUCAAGGCGAGAUACGUGGCUCGUGGCUUCAGUCAGCGGCAGGGAGUUGACUACUUUCAGACUUUCUCUUCCGCCACUCUUCUGGUGCUGCUGCACAUAGCCGCUCAGCGCGACUACGAGCUUCACUCUCUCGACUUCAACACUGCUUUCUUGCAGGGCAGCCUGCACGAGGAGUUCUGGCUGCGCCGCCCACUUGGCUUCACUGGGACUUUUCCUCCUGGCACCCAGUGGAGCCUCCGGCGGCCAGUCUACGGUCUCUGCCAGGCACUGCGUGAGUUGCACGAUACACUAAGGACUACGCUUGCGGCUCUUGGGUUUGCUCCCUCUACUGCCGACCCGUCGCUGUUUCUGCGCACCGACACUUCUUUGCUGCCGUUCUACAUCCUCGUGUACGUCGACGACUUGGUCUUUGCCACACCUGACACUACUGGACUCGCCCAAGUGAAGUCCGAGCUGCAGAAGUUACACAUGUGCACAGACCUGGGUGAACUGCGCAGCUACCUUGGCUUGCAGAUCACCCGGGACAGAGCACGCCGCACCAUUACCCUGACUCAGUCACACAUGGUGCAGCAGGUCCUUCAGCGCUUCGGCUUCACGUACUCCUCGCCUCAGGCCACUCCUCUGCCUACUCGCCACUCGCUCUCAGCUCUUCCUUUGGAUGAGUCCGUAGAGUCGAGUGGCCCGUAUGCAGAGCUUGUUGGCUGCCUCAUGUACCUGAUGACCUGCACUCGACAUGACCUUGCAUACCCUUUUAGCAUUCUAGCAUGCUAUGUUGCUCCUGGGAGACACAGACCGGAGCACAUGGCUGCAGCGAAGAGGGUGUUGCGCUACUUGUGCAGUACGUCGGGCAUGGGGCUUGUGCUUGGAGGGCGGAGUCCAGUGGUCCUCACUGGGCACGCAGACGCUUCUUGGGCAGACGACCCGGCUACGCAGCGGUCGUCACUGGGUUACACCUUCAGCCUUGGUUCCGGCUCUGUUUUGUGGCGGGCUGCCCGCUCUUCUUCUGUUCUCGGCUCCAGUUGUGAGGCUGAGAUCUACGCCGGGGCCAUGGCUGCACAGGAGCUUUGCUGGCUCACCUACCUGCUGACUGACCUUGGCGAGGUGCCUCGUUCUCCUCCAGUGCUGUACGUAGACAACAAGGCCAUGCUGGCCUUGUGUCGAGAGCAGAGACUGCAGCACUGA